AUGGCUGCGCCUGCGAACAACGGCCAGCAGGAGGGUCCCCCCGUCUAUGCCCACCAGUCUCGGGCGCCGAAGUCGCCGUCGCCGUCGCCGUCACACCAGGGCCAGCAGCCCCAGCAUCGUCGCGGCUACCAGGCCUGCGACCCAUGCCGCAAGCGCAAGGUCAAGUGCGACCUUGGCAGUGUUGACAAUCCCCGGCCGCCGCCCUGCGUGCGAUGUCGCCGCGAGAGCAAGCGCUGCGAGUUCUCCGCCACCAGGCGGAAGCGCAAGCCCUCGGAGGUCGAGGAGCCCACCGAGGCCACGCUGCGACGCGAUAAGCGGAUGAUGGUCGGGGAGGUCAUCUCCAAUAACGGGUCUGUCAGUGAUGGAGGCUCCUCCUAUGCUCCGCCCGAGCGCACUUCUUCCUUUGAUAACAGCGCCAGUCUGCCGCGGCCCAAAUGGGCGGAUGAGUCGCCGGCGGCUACGACGCAGCUCCCCUCGUCGUCGACCACUACUAGCCAACGCUUCACCUCCACCCAGACGUCGUCGACUACGACUCAGUUCCCUGAACCAAGGAGCACGCGUCUGCCCCUGUACACGGCUGCGGAGAGGAGCCAUGGCCCCAGCUUUAGCCUCGAGGGCGGCCAGCCCAUGAUGAACCGCACCGCCGUCGAGUUACUGUCGCCUGCGAUCAGUAACAGUCAUGAUGCGCUGCAUCUACUGUCCGAGGCGGCGGGUCGGACCGAGGACCUGAACCGUCAGAGCCUUGAAAACCGAUAUGCCGCUCGCCAGUCGGUGUCCUCGUUUAAUUCGCCCAUGUCGCCGCUCACUCAGGCGGGCACCCCCCGAAGCGGAGGCGGGUCGUUUUCCAGACCACCUCGCUCCGGUACCGUGCCCGUGGGGAAUUACUAUCAAGGGGGUGGAUCGGGAUCUGCUGACUCGCAACUUCCGGAUGGUCGUGGGCAGGCAGACCCGAGUGAGACUGCUCAAGACCCGGGAUUCGUGGAUGCGGUCAAGGCAUGGUCGCGACUACGGUUUGUUCGCGCGGGCUGGCUGUCAGUCGAAGAGGCCAUGGCUUAUGUGGCAUACUACUACGAGCAUCUCGCUCCGUUGAGUCCAAUUGUUAUUCCGGACUUUUCUAGUCCGUCGACCCAUCGGACUUUGCUUACGGAUGAGCCGGUGCUCGCAGUGACUAUACUCACAACUGCGUCACGGCAUCGGAAGCCCAAGGGCGACGGAGCUUACACGCGUGCCUUCUACAUCCAUGAUCGGCUCUGGUCGUAUCUCCGUGGCAUGAUCGAGCGUCUCUUCUGGGGCCAGGAGAAGUUUGGUGGGAACGGCGUGGGAAUCAGCAAGCCUCGAUCGUUUGAUCUCGCGCCCAUGUCGUCGAAGGUGAGCCAUAAGGGCAACCUGCGAUCGCUGGGAACCAUCGAGGCGCUGCUUAUUCUGACCGACUGGCAUCCUCGGAACCUGCACUUUCCGCCGGGCGAUGACGAGAACGCUUUGCUGGAUCUGGACGCACAAACGCAAAGCCGAUACGAGAGGGAAUUGGAAACCGACGCUGAGAGCACGGCCAACCGUGUCCCGAAUAGUGCAGCCGAAGGGAGGCUCGCCUUUCAGAAGUGGCUUGAGCCAGCUUGGCGGUCGGACCGGAUGUCAUGGAUGCUGCUGAGUACCGCGCAGGCAUUGGCGUUCGAACUGGGCGUGUUCGACCAGAAGAACGAUGCAAAGGCCGCCAGCGAACCCCCGUCGGAGCAGACGCGGAAACGUCGUCUCCGGCGUCUGAUUCUGGUGUACAUCACGCAGAGCAGUGGUCGGCUGGGGAUCCCCUCCAUGCUUCCUCUGCCCCAGUGGACCAGUGACAUCCAGCCGACGUCGGUGACGGGGGCCAAGGGAAGCGAUACGAUUGUCGAUCGGAUGCACGACUGCUGGAUCGGGAUCUCCAAGAUCAUGUACCAGAGCAACCAGCUCCUGUUCGCGUCGAGCGAGCAGACCUCGGAGCUCAUCCGGAGUGGCCGCUACCGCGACCAGAUUGACCGGUUCCAGCCGUUCCUGCGCGAGUGGCGGCAUAACAUUGACACCAUCGAUCUGGCUCCCCCCAUGAGGUGUCUCUUAAUGAUUGAGUAUGAGUACACUCGACUCUAUGUUAACUCCCUGGCCCUGCAGGCGGUGGUGGAUCGCUGGACAACCAUGUCGAACGAGGCGGCCCAGGCUCAGAGCACACGGCCGAACUCGGGUCCGUCAUCGGGGACCGGGUGGUUCCAUGUGCUCAUGGAGUUGUAUCGUGUCAACGAACAGUACAUCCAGGAGGUCGUGGAUGCGUCCCGCAAGAUCCUGCAGACGGUGCUCGAGAUCCUGGUCCCACGGGAUCACCUCAAGCAUGCUCCCGUCCGGACGUGCUUUCGCAUUCUGUCGGGGAUGAUAUUCAUUCUGAAGACCUUCACUCUGGGUGCGAAAGAGGACGACGUGCGUGUGUCGCUGGACCUCCAGGAUCGGACGAUCGAAGCCCUGAAGACUUGUGUUGUCGAUGAUGUCCACUUGAACCAUGCCAUUGCGCGACUGCUGGAGCUGCUGACGACGAGCAUCCGCACGCGCUUCCUGCGGUUUGCCCCGUUGGACCGUAGUGGUGAUGGCGAACAGGAGCGUCCAUCUGCCCCAGCCUCCCGGCAUCAGUCGCCGCGUCCGCGCGAAGGAGCCCCGAACCGUCGCGAAGGGUCGAGCCACGCCUGGACGCCGGCCCAGAGUGCCACUCAGAACCUGGGGUAUGUAGAUAGCAACAGUCAGGCCGGGGCCGGGAUGGGCUCAGUUCAUGACCCACUGGCCGGUAUCCCUGCGCAGCCGAUCAAUUCAUCCAACAUCAAUGUGUCGUUCAUGCCUCCGCCACCGUCCGUAUACUACAACUACUACGACCCCAGCGCGACACCACCGACGGGGGAACUGGAGGGGACCAGCGUCCCGUCGCAGUCGAUGCACGACAACCCGGGGGCGUCUGGUGGGCUUCCGGAUUGGUUUGCGCUGCCACUGGACCAGUUUUUCAAUAGCUCUACGGCGGUGGUGGACCAAGGACUGGGGGGAACGGGGCCCAUGGUGGGCGAGUUCGACAUGCUGGAGGUGCUUUUGAACGAGCAGUAUGACGGACAUGGCGAGGGAGGCGAGUCGGCCGGCGGCGGAAACCUUCCGUCGCAGUUCCUGGCGUCGUGAUGAGAUGGCAUGAUGAUGAAUGUACGAAUUUCCGCGUAGUGUGUUUUUUUUUUUUCUUUAUUUUUUUUCCCCC